UGAUGCUGGCUGUACAGAGACGUCGUCCUUGACAAGAGGCUGGUUUUAUGUUAUCUUCUACUCCUACGAGGUUACCCUGUACCAGGUUACAUUUGUUAUGCGAGUGGCAUCACUGCACGUAGGUCAGUGUCUUCUUAUCGAUUGUUUGUUAUUUCACAUUUUAUUAGCUCAGUUGUUAUAGUUGAAACAGGAAAAACAGUAAUCAGCAGAUAGGUGUGUAAUGUGCAGAAUCCCCAUCCAAUCAAAAAGUUUACAUCCUACAAGAGUCUAUACGCAAAGAGUCACGCUGAUACUGGAUGUGAAUGCACCUAUUCAACUUUCAAACAUCUUCAAUUGAUCAAACACAAGAAACUCAAUAAUUAACUCACGCUUUCCAGCGACGAUUUUAAAAAUGUACGAAUCUAAAGAUGCCGGUACAGUUGCACCAGCCGUUUUAUUAGGUGAUCAUGUAACUAUUAAAGAAGAAACAACGACAUACACCAUCCCAAAUGGACAUUCUGUUACUACCGACGGAGCAUUUGUGAGAAUUCAUAACACAACAAUCAGAGCCGACACUUCGGGCUCAGUCGAUUUCACACUGAAAGAUAACAACAACGACAGAGAUCAGCCGCAAAUCCAUCUCGAUAAAUGUACCGUAUUCAGAUCUAGUCAACUGUUCGAUCGGUAUGCCAAAAAUUCAGAGGGUUUGAAAGCCCUGCGUGAUCUUUUGGAUUCCUGGAACCUUGGCGAUUACUUCAGUUUUUUCAAAGAACAAGAACUUUACGUCGGGGUGCUAGAGCACCUGUGUCCAAGUAUGGCCGAAACUUUGUUUCAAAACACAGCUAUUCCCUUAGGGGCACGUGUUGAGUUCCAUUAUCAAUGGUCAAAAUGGAUUAAGCGCAAGACUCAUUCAAACAGUAACAGGGAAAAGUUGAAUAACUUGUCCAAUUCCAAUGGGGUAAACCAUCCGGAACAGCCUGUAGAUCAAUCGACCACAAGAUGUCAAUUAUCAAGUUCAUUGUUGAAUGUUACGACAAACGCAGGCAUAAGACAGUUGGGUAUAGUGAAAAUAAUGGACUUAAACUAUAUACUCCAUUCGAAUACAUACGGUAAAUGUUUGAUGCAAGAGACUAGCAAUACGGGCAAUAGGUUGACCGACGAUCUUCGUAAAAUUUUAUGCAAAUCAGUUCUUCAGUUUUGUAUUGAAUAUGAGCAUGACUUGUCUGUUGCUGAUUGUGCGGCACUUACGGAGCAAAUUCUACACAGAUACCCAGGAGAACUUGCGGAAUAUUAUUACCGCCCAAGAAAAAAAGGUGCACCGUUGGGGAAGCUAUACUAUAAGUACCGUAACUGGAAAAAUACACUGAAGCGAAAACGGCAGGAUGAACAGCCCAAUAGCAUCCAAAAGGGGUCAAAGCAAGAGGUUUCGGACGAUGACAGUGGAGAUGUUAACAUGCGAGCACCAAAACAGGAAUCGCUGGAUAUCUCAUACGAGGAAGAAAUGCUACUUACUGAGCAGCGAUAGUACUGAAUUUUAAUAAAGCGGGUGUUCCAGAAAAGUAUAAUCUUCGGGAAUGUUUUCAAUACACGGUAAAAUAUUGACACGUUUAAUCCAAAUGAUUAUGCACUUGAAUCAGAUUGUC